UGAAGCGGCCGCCGCUCCGCGGCGCCUCCGCGGGGCGGUCUCUCCCCGCCAGCCGCGCGCCCGCCCCUCUCCACGCCCCCUCCCCUCCGCCCGGCCUCCGCCGCCUCCCUUGGCUGCUGGCGGCCUCCCCUCGCCCGGUCUCCUGCUCCGGGGCCCCCGCGCAGGCCGAGAGCCCGGGCGCCUAGGAGCAGGGGCGGCCGCGCACUCGCCGGACACGCACUGCGGCCGGACGGAUCCCGGCGGGUGCCCCCCGCGCACCCUGGUCCCCGCGCCGCCGCGCUCCCCUCCCCCCACGCCGGUGUCCCCGGGCUCAGGGCCGCGCGGCCAGCCCCGACGCGCCGGGGGUCCCCGAGGCGGGGCCGGCCCGGCCGGGGCGCGACGAUGGAGGAGCCGCAGCGCGCCCGCUCGCACACCGUCACCACCACCGCCAGCUCCUUUGCGGAGAACUUCUCCACCACCAGCAGCAGCUUCGCCUACGACCGCGAGUUCCUCCGCACCCUGCCCGGACUCCUCAUCGUGGCGGAGAUCGUUCUGGGACUGCUGGUAUGGACACUGAUCGCUGGAACUGAGUACUUCCGGGUCCCUGCGUUUGGCUGGGUCAUGUUUGUAGCUGUGUUUUACUGGGUCCUCACCGUCUUCUUCCUCAUCAUCUACAUAACGAUGACCUACACCAGGAUUCCCCAGGUGCCCUGGACCACAGUGGGUCUGUGCUUUAAUGGCAGUGCCUUCGUCUUAUACCUCUCAGCCGCUAUUGUGGAUGCGUCUUCUGUCUCCCCGGAGAGGGACAGUCACAACUUCAACAGCUGGGCAGCCUCGUCGUUCUUCGCCUUCCUGGUCACCAUCUGCUAUGCUGGAAACACAUAUUUCAGUUUUAUAGCUUGGAGAUCCAGGACCGUACAGUGAUUCGCCAUUUUGAGAAUUAAAAGGGAAAAAAAAAGGAAGACUCUCACUGUAAAAACAGCUGUAGGUAUAAUGUAUAUUUCCAGAGAAUUGUAUUUAACUAAUGUUUUUAUAUACUUAGUUAAAUUUGCUCACAGUGGUUUGUUAUAAUUAAACUGGAUACUUAUUUGCAAAGUGCUGUAGCUUAUAAUGAAUCUUUGAUGUCUUGUUGAUGUCUUGAUAGACCUUAUUUUCUUAGGCAAUGUAUUAGAAAUAGAUAAAUUGCUAAUAUUAAGAAUGCAUCAAGUUUGUAAACCUAACUUUUAAAAAUGCCAGAUUC